AUGAGUCGACGGUUCCCUUACCAGGUGUGGCGUUCCAUCGGUGCUGCCGCCGCGGGAGAUUGUGUUACUUAUGUCUACACGCAGGGUCGAUUGGCCGCAGGCGCGGAGCUCGGGGAGCUGAUAUUGAGUGGCGACCGAGACCGUAUUCAGGUCACGAGCGCUCGGGGCGACCAAAUAGCGACUCUUGGUGGUGGUCUGGACUCGCGCAAAAAAGGCACCCUGGACGAAGAAGGCUUCGCCAGCGCGGUCUUCGAUGACGUCAUACAGAUAGCAACCACCAUCACCGCGGUAGGUAUCUUAUAUAUCGCUGGAUUGCACAGGAGCGGAACGGUCCAGGUUUGGACCUACGAGAACCCGGCGGAGUCUCAGGACGCGGCGGGGUCUCAGGACGUGGCGGAGUCUCAGGACGUGGCGAUGCAGGACGGCGACACGGAGAAGGCAUCGGCAUUCAAGCCAGUGGCAUCAUGGAUGUUUUCGGCCCCGGGAGGCGCGCCUCGUUGGUUGGAGUGCCACAAUACAGUGCCGGUGGUAGCGGUGGCGUCUUCGAACGGCCGUUGCAAGGUGUACGACAUGACAACGGGUGCGUUGACCCACAACUUUGAGGGAUUGCUUAUCAACGGAGACCAGUGCAGUUUGUUACGGUUCCACCAAACGCGUGUGUUGUUACUAUUGGGUAGUAGCACGGGUGUGGUGCAUGUGAUGGACUUGUGUCGCAACGUCAUCUUGGUCUCGGCACAGGCCCACUCAACGGCAGUGUUGGAUGCGGCUUUCGUGGACAUCAAUUUGCCCCUAGGUAAGACGAACGGGUUUGUGCCCUGUUUCCUCACUGUUGGCGGCGAUCGCCAAGUGAAGUUGUGGUCUCUCAAGACGGUGCUGGAACGGGUUUUGGAGAAGUGUAAGCAGAAGCAUUUUGGAGCCUCGAAGGAACUGAGACACAACGGCUUCAUAGACCUAGGCCACCCCGUCCACGCACUCGAACUACUCACUGCCUCCAACACUCCGGACGCGUCUAAAAACGCUAAUGGUGCCAAGAGGAUGGCGCUGGCCGCCGAAAAUACGAGUGCUGUGAAGAAGGUGAUGGAGGCGGACUCCUCGCUGCGGAUUUUGGACAAGUGUUUGGUCGCAAUGAGUGCGAAGGAGACAUAUGCCAGCAUCGUCAUUGUGCCCCGGGCGGCCGUGGAGGAGGCCAUCAUCGACCAGGCCUUUCUCCAAAAUGCACCAGGUUGGUUCGCCCUCGCUGGGACGGAGGCGGGCGCUGUGGUCAUGCUAGAUGUUGUACGGAAACAGACCGUGCCAUAUCGCACGAGCGCCGCUCAAGCCUACCAGUUCCACGUCCCACGACCGCCAAUCCGCCGACUCUUUAAGUCGCCCAAGAACGACGCCUUCGUCGUCAUCACGACCAACCAGGGCCUCGUACACUGGCGCCUGAACGCGCCUUCGCUCGAGCCCAACAAAGCGCUACGCGGUGUAGGCACCAGCUCCUCCGCCGCCGUCGGCAUGGUCCUGGCCCCCACCCCUACCCCUGCGGGUGUCCCUAAGGACGUUGCCUCUACGGGUCCGGUGGGUCGAUGUUCGGUUACGUAUUCAUGCGGGAUCGACGGAAGCGUCAUCCGCGAGCGCGUAAUAUGGGACCGCGGCGAGUGCGAAGUUACGGAGAUGUUGGUGAACAGUGACGAGGUGAUUGCGGCUGUGGAUAUGUCGGAAUGUGGGAGGUAUUUGGCGUUCGUGACGAAGUUGGGUCGAUUGUGCGUGGUAGACAUGGAGCAGGGAAUGUUGGUUGCCGCGUGUCGGACUGGAGCGGUUGGUUCUCUGACAAACACAUGUUUCAGCCAGAAGCCGGUGGCGGCGGAGGCCACGACCAUUGCUGCUGGGCAGCCCUUUGUGGCUACUGUCGGUUCGGACAAUUUUAUUCGGCUGUGGGUGUUGAAUUUGGGUCCGGAAAAUUUGAAGUCGGGACAGAGUCCGGCUUCGAACCCAGGUGUGCCGGGUUGCGAGUUCGAGACGUCGACGGUGUUGUGGAAGGCGGCGGACAAGCCGGUGUACUGCGUAGCAGUAAACGGUUCGAACAAGGUGUUGGCGAGCGGCGGCGCAGACCGGACUGUGCGGCUGUGGCGGCCAAGCGACGGGAAGGCACUGGCGGUGCUGAAGGGACACAAGGCGGCUGUAACGGCGUUGGCGUUCCACCCGGCCGAGCCAUACCUGGCCUCGGCGAGUGUAGACGGGACGUUGCGCAUUUGGAACCUGAAGACGCACGAAUGCCAGCAAACCAUCAUGGGUGCGACCAACCACGUGCUGGUGCUCAAGUACAUUAUGCAGGGUAAUCGUCUCGCUGCCGGCUGCGCCGACGGUUCGGUACAGGCCUGGGAUGUAUCAAGCACACUCGCCGUGGAGUACUGCGGCACCAGUCUUGCACACGAUGACCGUAUUACCACACUCAUGGAAGCAUCCUUCGCCGAUCAACCGGCACUCAUCUCCGUUGCCGCAGAUGGUAGCUCGGCACUUUGGAGAGACCGCGGUACAGAAAUUAAACAAGAAGAAACGGCACACGAUCGCGCACAGAGAAAUGACCGCGCCAACGCCGACAUCUGGAUCGCACAAGGACAAUAUGCUCGCGCCAUCCGCGCCGCUUGCAAAUGGAAGAGCGUCGACAUUUUCGAAAAAGUCGUCGCCAAACUCAUCGAGUCAACCACACUUGAAAUCAGCACAUUUGAAACUGAGCAUGGCGUCAGUCAGAACGCCACCGGACCUGAUCUGGACCUGGUGCAGAUGAUCCGGGAGGAAUUCAAAACCGUAGAAGACAUCGAGGUCCUCCUCCUUGCAGCUGUGCACUUCUGCAAAAGACAGUCCACACUCUAUAUCGCACACUGGAUUUGCGACUCCAUCAUUCAAGCCUACAAGUAA